CUUUGAAAUAGGCACACGCCCGUGGGAUAUAAAUACAAGCCUGAUGCAUAGUAGUAGCCCGAUCUAAACCAAACCAGACACCCUAAUAAUUCAUACCUUAACCAAGUUUAGACCUUAAUCAACACCUUAAGACAUUACCUAAUACAAGAUGUUCGCCAGACAUCCGGAGACAGUCAAAUCUCUUCAAAUCUCCCUGAGGUUGAAGACCCAGCGUGAUGCAGAGGCGUUGCUUGAGGUCGAUGAAGUUAAGGAGGCGUUCCGGCUUUACAUGAAUAGGUGUCUUUCGGCGGCCUCCAUGACGAGGGAACUGCCCGACUGGAAGCACGUCGACGACUACUUGCAAAACCUGCGCACGUCGUCCGUAGUCCGAAGCAAGGCGAAGACGUUGAGGGAAGCAGUAGAAGACGAGUGCAAGUCGGCGCCGUACGAGCUCCUACCGCACGUGUCGAUGUUUGCCCUGCGGAUCAUGAGUUUCCUGGUAACCGCGCGGGGAGAGGCGUUCGACGUCAACUUAGACGCCGAGAUAGCAAAGAGCCCCGAGGACAUCCAGUUUGACCGCUGCAUUAGGAUCAUGCACUUGUUGGGCUUCCUCGUCACCCGGGACCGAGAGGCGAGGAGAGCUAGAGAGGCUGAGAAAACCCGGCAAGCGAUUGGACAUAACUGGAUAUGAAGCCGUUCCGCGUGACGAUGUGAUGCCAUGAGACUCGUUCGCUGGCUUCGAACGUGUUAAAAUGUGUUUAACGCUUAGCUUUUUUGACUGUUUGAUGUAGGUUUCCCGUCCAAUAGUUAAUUAAUAAAU